AUGUCGUCCAAUUUCGAAGAUGAUGAUGCGCCUCCGGAGCUGAUCGAUGUGUCGGAGGUGACGGAGCAGCCAGCCUCUAAAGAGGAGGAACAACCGGCGCGGGUUCCCAUCACUCUUAUCACAGGAUACUUGGGAGCCGGGAAAACAACUCUCCUUAACUACAUUUUGACAGAGAAACAUGGGAAGAAGAUUGCUGUGAUCAUGAAUGAAUUCGGCGACUCCUCGGAUAUUGAAAAGCCCUUGACAGUAAACGAGGGUGGCCAAGAAGUCACCGAAUGGAUGGAGGUCGGCAACGGCUGCAUCUGUUGCUCCGUCAAAGACUCGGGUGUCAUGGCUCUGGAAUCCCUCAUGGAACGUCGGGGCACAUUCGACUACAUCCUGCUAGAAACGACCGGUCUCGCAGACCCAGGCAACAUCGCCCCAGUCUUCUGGAUGGACGAGGGUCUGGGCAGCUCAAUCUACUUAGAUGGGAUUGUGACACUAGUCGACGCAAAGAACAUCCUGCACCUACUCGACGAGCCGACCCCUGAGGAAAAAGCCAAGUCUCACAAUGCCGAUCAUGAUCACGGAUCCGGCCCCGUGCUUUCCAUGGCGCAUAUGCAGAUUUCUCAUGCUGAUGUGAUCAUUCUUAACAAGACAGAUCUAGUCUCGGCGGAAGAGCUUGAGGCCGUUCAGGACCGCAUCUCAUCUAUCAAUAGCGUUGCAAAGAUUCAUCAGACAGAUCAUAGCCGUACACCGCAGAUCGAGGGCGUGGUGCUUGAUUUGCAUGCGUAUGAUCAUCUAGCGGAUAUGGACUUUAGUGAGAAGGGACAUAGCCAUAUUGAUCCGGCUAUUUCUACUUCUGCUAUCCUCACGGCCCCAAUUCCUGCUUCAAAAGUUCCCAAAGUUGACGAAUGGCUUCAGUCAGUGCUUUGGGAAUCGAUUCUGCCUGACUCUCCCAGUCCGUCAUUCAAGUCUCAUCCGACGGACUUUGAGAUCCAUCGAUUGAAGGGUAUCAUUUACCUUGAAGACGGCUCAACCAAGAUCAUCCAAGCUGUGCGAGACGUCUUCGAAAUUCGUGACUCGGACCCUUGGCAGAAGGGUGAGAAGGAAGCUCAAUCCAAGAUCGUUCUCAUUGGCCGAGGCCUGGGUUCGAGUGUAGACCCAUGGAGGGAGAGCUUCGAGUCAUAUUUACGAAUAUAG